AUGGCCACCGCUACCAUCGCUGCUCCUCCCACAGACCCCGAGUAUCCUCAUUCGCUGUCAGUUCGGCUUCCUCCCGUCCAUCCCCACCGUUUGCCCCACUGACAUCCCCCGCCGCGUUGUUUGUAGCACCAUAUCCCUGCCCCUCCCUUCUCAUCAUCUCGCAGAUACAAUUCAACGGGCCCUCAACGUAGACCAGGAGAUAUCUCCAUUGGUCCAGAGAACCUACACCGCUGCACCUGAUUCCCCGAUCCUGCGAAUCCACUACAAAGCGACGACCGCACGAAUGCUCCGGGUAGCCACAAAUGGCAUGUUUGAAAGUCUAGGAACCGUACUCAGGGUGUGCGAGGAGCUGGAUGUGGACGUUCUAGAGAGGGAACUGGGAGAA